CUGCCACCUGCGCCGAUACUGCUAAAGCGCCAUACGGCUACGCCGACACAGUCGCUUCAUGCGUCCAGCUCAUUUCCGAAAUCCGCUUCACCAUUGGAGUCACAUAAGCUGCCGAAUGUGGUUUGUGGCAGCUCCUCGCCAUCCUCACAGUUAUCCUCGGCAUCGUCGUUGCUCUACAAUGGUAGCAACUAUAGCAGCAGCAGCGGUUUGUCGAUACAGACAGCUACAGCCACACCCACCAGCGGUGCGCAUAAAUUUUUGAAUUUGCGUAAGCCGAGCAUUACCUUGAAUUCGGCAGAUAUGCGUAACGGCAACACCACCACCAACAACGGAAAUAGUAGCAGCAGCAUUGGCAGUUGUGGCAGCGAUUUGUUUGGCUUCACCAGGGAAUUGUCCCCCUCGAUUGACAUGAGCGAACAUUCUCCGAUUUUCGCAGAGCUGGCCUCAUCUAUAUCGCCGUCGACCACCAGUUCAGGCUGCUCACCCACGCAUCACAUAAAUCGUCUAUUCAGUCUAAGUCCUUCCACAAUGAGGAGUUAUGGCAAU